CAUGAGUCGUGCUGAAGUUGACUUGCAGAAUAGCGUCAAGAAGGCGUGCAACAAUGAUGAAGUUCCUCCAAAAAGAAAGCAUGUCAGAGCUUGUAUUGUCUACACUUGGGACCACAAGAACUCAAGGGCAUUCUGGAAUGCUGUAAAGAUUCAGCCAUUGCAAAGUGACGAAGUUCAAUUAUUCAAGGCAUUGAUAAUGAUUCACAAAGUUUUACAGGAGGGCCAUCCAAAUACUUUGAAAGACGCCUAUCGUAACAGGGACUUUCUUUCUUCCUUGUCCUCGGUAUUUCCAUCCCAUGGAACAGCUUAUGGGAGAUUGAUCAAUCAGUACGAUAGAUUCAUACUCCAAAAAUUGGAUUUCCAUCGUAACAACCCCGGCUUCAAUGGGAUUUUUGAAUAUGAAGAGUAUAUUUCGUUGAGAGCUGUUAAUGAUCCCAACGAAGGAUUUGAGUCUAUUUUCCAAUUGAUGGACUUACAGGAUCUGAUCAACGAUUUGCAGAAGUUGAUUUUUGCCACUAUUAACCAAACCCCAAACAAUUUGUGCAAGGUAAGUGCAUUGGUUCCUUUGAUUUCGGAAUCUUAUGGUAUUUACAAAUUUUGUACCUCCAUGUUGAGAGCCAUGUACCAGCAAUUGGGUGAUGAUGAAGCAUUGAAGAUGCUCUUCGAGAGAUUCGAUUCGCAACAUUUUGUUCUUAGAGACUUUUAUACAGAUUGUCAUGCUAUCAAAUUUUUGACCAGUUUGAUCACGAUUCCACGGUUAUCAAACAACCCACCUAACUUGCAAGUGACAGAUGAGGGAACACCAAUUUCAAGACCAAGGUCUGUAAGCACUGAAAACACACCUCAAAUUUCGUCUCAGCCAACCUCAAAUUUUGAAGCCCCACCAAAUCCUCCACCAGCAGUAGAUCAGCUUUUUAACCAGCAAACUGGAAUCUUAUUCCAACAACAACAGGAGCAAGAAAGAAUUCAACGUGAUUUGGAAAUGCAGCGUCUACAACAACUUGAACAGCAACAGUUGCAACAGCGUCUCUUCGAAGAGCAGCAACGUGAACAAGAGAAACGAUUUGUUCAGGAACAGCAGGCGUUGCAACAACAACAAAGCCAACAACAGCAGACUCGAGUAUCUGAACUUGAACAUGAUUUGUUGAUGUUCAAGAAUCAGUAUGAUAAUGACCAGCUGUUGUUGCAGCAAUAUGAUGCACGAGUUAAGAAUUUGGAAACUGAGUUAAUGAAUUUUAACAACACGGCAACACAACAGAUUGCAUCAAAAGACGAACAGAUCAAGAACUUGGAAGACCAAAUCCUAAAUUGGACCAAAAAGUAUGAGUCCUUGGCAAAAUUGUAUUCCCAGUUGCGUCAAGAGCAUUUGAAUUUGUUAUCCAAAUUUAAGAAAAUUCAACAAAAGAUCAAUAGUGCUCAGGAAUCAAUUUUGAAAAAGGAAAAAUUCGAAAAAGACUUGAAAGCAAAAACUGUUGAGUUGGCUGAUUUGAUUCGUGAACGUGAUAGAGCUCGCAUGGACUUAGAUAGAGUUAGGGCUAGCAAAGAUCAAGAAAUCGAAAAUUUGAAUGCUGAACUUAGAGAAUUGAACAGUCAAGCUAGUGAAUCCGGAAAAUUACAGUCGUUGAACCUAUCAAACAUAAUCUCUAAACACGAAACUGAAAUGAAUCUGUUAAGAAGAGAAUUAGCACAAAAGGAUUUGAGAUUGAAGGAUGCAGGUGAUUCAUUUGAAUUGCAAGACCGAUUGAAAGAAAAAGAUAUAGAGUUAGAAAUUGCUCAAGAAUCAUUGAAGUAUGCACUUGAAGAGUUAUCAAUCUCAAAAAAUGACAACGAAGACGUCGUCAAUGCCGAGAUUGAUCAUAUUUUGUUGAAGAAUAUCGAUAAACUCCGGAAUUUGAUUGACAUUUUCUUGGAAAACAAUAUUAAAAGAGUUCAAGAUAUCAAGCAUGAACUUUCUUCACCAAUGCAAGCAGGCAAUUUGAAUUCUACACCUGAAUAUCUCCUUUCUAUUGUUGAGCUUUGUCAAGACACUGCAAAUGAUUUUGCAACCACUUUCAACAGCUUUAUUGCUGAAGGAAAGCAAGCAUACGAUGAUAAUGAUAACACUUAUUCGGAAAUUAUUUUGUCCAGUUCUGAAUUGACUGCGUCGGUGAAUGACUUGAUGUUGAAUUCUAAGGGUAUUACAAAACUGAUACAAAAGCUGGAAGAAGAUAAUCUUCUAUCAUUGGUCUCUAAUACUUUGUCCAGUACUGAGAAAUAUUUUCGAGAAUUGAAAUCUGACCGUUUGAACACUUUCAGCGAUGAUGAAGAUCGGAUUGACAGCGUUAUUGAUUCAAAUUUGACCUUACAAAAUGAUCUUCAGGCUAUAGUCCAAUUUGUUGAAAGCUUGAGUUCUAACAGAGGAAUCCUGAGACUGGGUAAUUUGGAAGACUUACUCAAUAACGAAAUGGAACACACUGCUCAAACAGUUGACUCUGCUUCCAAAUUCUUGGAUAAGUUGUUGCAGAACCCAAAUAUCCAUGGUGGUAAUUUAGAAGUUCAUGAGGCUUUACUUUCUGCAGCCAAGGCAGUUACGCUAGCUGUGACUCUCUUGAUUUCAGCAGCAACUGAAUCUCAACGAGAAAUUGUUAACAAGGGAAGAGGUUCUCAAUCGAGAAUUGAGUUUUACAAGAAGAACAGCAGGUGGACGGAAGGCUUAAUUAGUGCAUCAAAGGCAGUAGCUGGAGCAACAAAUGUCUUGAUUCAGACGGCUGACGGUGUAUUGCUGGAGUCUAACUCUCAUGAACAAUUGAUCGUGGCUUCCAAUGAGGUUGCUGCUUCUACUGCUCAAUUGGUUGCUGCAUCCCGUGUCAAAGCUAAUUUCACUUCUAAAACUCAAGAGAAUCUUGAGGUUGCAUCCAGUAAAGUUUCAACUGCAUGUAAGUCUUUAGUUUCUAAAGUACAGGCCUUAUUGGAAGUUGAAGAAAGCAGCCAACACGAUGUUGAUCUCAGCAAGCUUACUCCUUAUGAAGGUAAGACCAUUGAAAUGGAACAGCAAGUAGAAAUCUUGAAAUUGGAAAACAAGUUGAACGCUGCUCGGAAGAGACUUGGAGAAAUCAGAAAGCAUGGCUAUAGGGAUGAUGACAGCGACAAUGAGUAA